AUGAUUUCAGUUGAUCCAUCAUCAUCAUCAUCAUCAUCAUUAUCAUCCACCACUGCCGCCUCGUCUUCGCCGCCUCAGUCCUAUGGCUCGUCUCCGGCCAAUCUCCACUAUGCAUUCCUCGUCCAUUCACAGAAAACAUUGACGCAGAACCUCCCGCCUCGCGUUGACAACAAAUUGCUUGCACGACAGAAACGACGGCGUACCAGUCCCGAGGACCACGCUAUUCUAGAGGCCGAAUAUAAGAAGAAUCCCAAGCCCGACAAGGUCGCUCGAGUGAGCAUAGUUAACCAAGUCUCUUUGGGUGAAAAAGAAGUCCAGAUAUGGUUUCAGAACAGGCGCCAGAACGACCGUCGAAAAUCAAAACCGCUCGAGCCGCAUGAACUCGUCGGACCGCGAGCUUCUAACGGAACACUGCAGGACUUCCCGAACAGCCAUGAUACAUGCUCGUUGGAUUCAAGCCCACAGCAAGGUACGGAGCAAGGAACCCCCGAACUACUUGAAAAAGGCUCGUCUGCAGAGGAUAUUUUGCCCAUAACAAGUGAUGGCGAUGUGUCUGGCAAACACCCGGAUAGCAACGCUAACAACCCAGAACCGGAUACCCCAGCUACUUCGGUGGCCCCCGAAACAUCAGUUGGAGGCCAUAUUGAAAACUUUGCAGAUUUGGCCGGCCUGGGUAUACACGUGGCUGGAAAAAAGCGACGAUUUUCGAAUUUGGAAACUGGGUCUCGCGCAGUCGAUACCCAAUUGUUACAGAAUAAUAUCAAGUCGCCUCCAUCCCUCCGAAUAUCCCUGUCAGGUAAUGGAGAAGCUCUUCUCAGACAAAAAGGAGAGCUCACCCCGUCGCCCCCCAGAGCUCGUACCGCUGUGAGAAUUUCCCUGUCUUCGGAUGGCGAGGCUCUCAUCCGCACACAAGAUGAACCGUCUCCCUCAAAAAAUCGGCUGCGCAUUCUCAGCCGAGCGCCGCGAAAGAGUGGUCUGCAGAGAAGUGUGAGUGCAAUCAAUUUUGGAACACCCGGAGCUACGCCAAUAAACCGUGAAGGAGCCGGUAUCAAACCAUUCGGUCGGUCUCGCGAUGCUCGUACGUGGGAGUCAUACUGCGAUAACGAUGCACGAAGCGCACUAUCAACCCCGACAAACUCCCAGAGUGCCGGUAGCGUUCGCACGCCAGGCUUAUAUCGAUCGGGGAGCCAUCGAUCGCUAGCUCGUGGUUCAGUCUCAAAAUCGUCCGUGUCGCCUCACUUCGGCACUGUUAGUCAACAAGAUGGCCUGGGGGUCUCUGGUGAAAAAAGAAGAAAGCUCUCUCGUACUGUGUCAUCUCUGGGCCGGCUUGAAUCGGCACAACAGGGGAGCAACUUGAAGAACGGUUUGGCUGCCCGUUUUCCAUUGACUGGUAAGGCCUCAAAGGACUCGUCCGAGGAUGUGAGUUGGGAAGCUGGGGACUCCGACAAAGAAAACUGGAUGCCGGGGACACAACGCCGAGCUAUUCCGCGUCGUCAUGCGAGAGCCUUGUCCCACACGCAACGCCCUAUACUCAAAGAAAACGGCGUUCGCAGGAACACAGCCGUGGAUGACCUUGCUCUGGCGAAGCACGGCCGAUUGUAUCGUGGCCCGCGCGGCACUAAGGACAUGAAAGACACGUCGCAGGCGACCAACAAACUCGACGCCGAAGUCGCUGCGUUCAUGUCCAAGAAUGGCUCCUCGAGUCGCGAAGAGGAUUUGCACUGCAUCCAGGGUCUGUUAUCCUUGAGUCAGGGCGCUUGGCGAUGA